AUGGAAUUUGACGACGAAAUGGCCGGCUUCGGCAAUACAGGACCUUCAGCAUCUUCGCGCUCAAAUAGUCACCCUCCUCAGCGCGCCCGUCGCCAAGCCCCGCAGGAACUAGUCAAGCAGUUCUGGGAGCAAUUCAACACAAAAUACCCCGGAAAGGUAUAUACAGUGCUGCCGGGUAACCCGUAUGCGCGCACGAGGGCGAAGCGUGUGCCGAACGGAGUGAUCCAGGGCCAUGCAGCGGUGAAAUCCUAUGAGCAGGCGCGGCGAGAAUGCCAGACAUCCGUUGAGCGCAUUGUCAAGGAGUGCCGACGGGUGAACCAGAAGUAUUCCGAUCCGCAUUUUGACAUUGAGUUGGAUCUGAAGUCGAAUCGGAGACAUUAUUUGGAUGAGUUGGAUAAGGUUAAUGAUAUAAUGAAACCUCGGGGUGUGAAAAGAGUGACGGAAAUCUUUGAGAAUCCCCAGUUCUAUGUUAAUGGACCCACGGCGUCGGAUGUGCGUCAAGGGUAUGAUGGUGACUGUUGGCUGAUGGCUGCGCUGUGCACGAUGGGUAACAAGGCUGGUUUGAUUGAGAAGAUCUGCGUUGCUCGGGAUGAGACGGUCGGUAUUUAUGGAUUCGUCUUUUAUCGCGACGGCGAAUGGCAGCAAUGCAUCGUCGAUGACAAGUUGUAUCUACGGGCUGCAGACUACGAUGAGUCCAACGAGGAACGAAUGACAUGGGACCUAAUCAACCGCAACGACACAGAAGAAGAAUACCGCCGCGUGUGGCAGACUGGCUCCCGGGCUCUGUACUUUGCGCAAUGCGUGGAUCCCAACGAGACCUGGCUGCCACUACUUGAAAAGGCAUUUGCCAAAGCGCAUGGUGAUUAUUCCGCUAUUGAAGGCGGCUUUGUCGGCGAGGCCAUUGAGGAUUUGACCGGAGGUGUUACCUCCGAGGUUCUGUCGAGCAAUAUUCUCGACAAGGACCGGUUCUGGAACGAGGAGUUGAUGAUGGUCAAUGAGGAAUUCCUGUUUGGUUGCGGCACUGGCUUGUUCUCAAACUGGUUGGACACGCGGUCCCCGCCGCGCGAUCGGAAAGGCAUCUCGGAGAACCAUUCAUAUUCAAUUAUGGACGCGAGGGAAGUCAAGGGGAAACGAUUGUUGCGACUGAGAAACCCCUGGGGAAAGAAGGAAUGGCAUGGUGCUUGGGGUGAUGGGUCAAAGGAAUGGACGACGGAGUGGAUGGAUUUGCUGGGACACAAGUUUGGAGAUGAUGGAUUCUUUUGGAUCUCGUAUGAGGAUCUGCUCAAGAAGUACCAGCACUUUGACCGGACUCGUCUGUUUGGCGAUGAGUGGACUAUCACUCAGCAAUGGACUACUCUCAACGUGCCCUGGUCUGCCGACUAUCACAGCACCAAGUUUGUCAUGAAUGUGACCGAGGCCGGGCCUACUGUCAUUGUCCUUUCUCAGCUCGACACCCGUUACUUCAAAGGCCUCGCCGGUGAAUACAGCUUCGUCCUCAAGUUCCGCGUGCAGAAAGAAGGCGACGAAGACUAUAUGGUACGCAGCCACAGCAGCCACUUCAUGGCGCGAUCUGUCAACGCCGAGAUCGAUCUCGAGCCAGGCCGGUAUCAAAUCCUAAUGAAACUCACCGCAUACCGCCACGACGACACGGAAUCAACCGAAGAAACUGUCCGCCGUCUAGCCUCCACACACCGUGAAAAGCUCGUACAAGUCGGACUAUCCUAUGAUCUCGCUCACGCAAAGGGCCUCGUCGCCGAAACGGAUCAAGAACGGUAUGAAUCAGAACGACGAAAGGCUGCAGAAUGGAGGAAACUCCGUGACGAAGCCAAGCGGAAAAUGCAGAAGGAGUGGAUUCGGGAGCGCAAGAUGGCUGCUCGCCAGCAGCGCCAGGCAGCACGUCGGCCGCGCAGGAUGACCAACGGUGCAUCACCCGAUCGGGGUCCUAUUCCUGGCCAGAUCCUCACCGAGAACAAGGCGACUCAGUCUCCUACUGAAGUCGGCUCUAUCUCCAGCGAAGCGAGUGACCGUAAACCCACUGUCAACGGUACAAGUGGCUCAGUGCCCACGAUCCAAUUCAACGGACUCCAUGCAAGACACCCCAGUGGCUCCUCAACGCGCCGCAGAACCGAGUCUCCACGCCCAAGUCUGAACACCCGUCUUGCCAACGAUAUCCUGGAUACCACGGACUUGGAGCUGUUGGAUGGCUUCGAGUUUGACAGCGAUUUGGACAUGCCAAUCGAAGAACCAAAGACUCGCCCUCCAUUCAAGGACUUGGAAGGUCCUGCCGAGGAUCCCUGGAAUGCGGUCUGUGUUGUUGGACUGCGUGUCUACUCCAAGGAUCCGAAGUUGAGUCUCCAGGUUAUGCAUCCGGUGCCGGAUGACGAUACUGAGGCUCCCCUGGAUAGAGAUGACCCUGCGGCGUCGGCGACGCUAGAGAAGACGUUUUGGGGUGGACAGGUGCCUACUUGA